UUUGCCCAAGCUGGCCUCAAACCGCAAUCCACCCAAUCUCAGCCUCUCAAACAGCUAGGAUUACAAGCAUGAGCCACCACAUCUGGCUGCAUUAGCUUCUUAAAGUGACAGAUGUUCCCCCCACCCUUUGUUCUAUAGACCCUCACUGUGUAUACUCACUGGCCAAUGAGGAAGGGGUGGGCCCUGGGAAUUUUGGAUUAAGGUAGGGGGCAGAAAUGUGGAACCCCCAGUAGAUGAUCAAGAACCUUCCCACAGGGAAGCUCACCCCUCCCCUCCAUAGUGAGGAGAUAUCCACAGCUGCCCCCCAAUCUGGCUCCCAUGGCAGACCCCUGGGAGCCAGCAGCAUCAGGCAGGGUAGGGGGCUUGGCUGCUGCCCCAGUCUCCCAACCCCUGACCACCCACGGGCCAUACUGGUGCCUUCAGGCCUUUGAGGACAUCUACAUUGAGCAGCGGCGAGUUAUCCGGACCAUCCUGGAGUACGCCGACAAGAUCUUCACCUACAUCUUCAUCAUAGAGAUGCUGCUCAAGUGGGUGGCCUAUGGCUUCAAGGUGUACUUCACCAACGCCUGGUGCUGGCUGGACUUCCUCAUCGUGGACGUCUCCAUCAUCAGCCUGGUAGCCAACUGGCUGGGUUACUCGGAGCUGGGACCCAUCAAAUCCCUUCGCACGCUGCGGGCCCUGCGUCCCCUGAGAGCACUGUCUCGAUUUGAGGGCAUGAGGGUGGUGGUGAAUGCCCUCUUGGGAGCCAUCCCCUCCAUCAUGAAUGUGCUUCUGGUCUGCCUUAUCUUCUGGCUCAUCUUCAGUAUCAUGGGUGUCAACUUGUUUGCUGGCAAGUUCUACUACUGCAUCAACACCACCACCUCCGAGAGAUUCGACAUCUCCCAAGUCAACAACAAGUCCGAGUGUGAGAGCCUCAUGCAUACUGGCCAGGUCCGCUGGCUCAACGUCAAGGUCAACUAUGACAACGUGGGUCUGGGUUAUCUCUCCCUCCUCCAGGUGGCCACCUUCAAAGGUUGGAUGGACAUCAUGUACGCAGCCGUGGACUCCCGGGAGAAGGAGGAGCAGCCUCAAUAUGAAGUGAAUCUCUACAUGUACCUCUACUUCGUCAUCUUCAUCAUCUUCGGGUCCUUUUUCACACUCAACCUCUUCAUCGGUGUCAUCAUUGACAACUUCAACCAGCAGAAGAAGAAGUUUGGAGGGAAAGACAUCUUCAUGACGGAGGAACAGAAGAAAUACUAUAACGCCAUGAAGAAGCUUGGCUCCAAGAAGCCCCAGAAGCCUAUUCCCCGGCCCCAGAACAAGAUCCAGGGCCUGGUGUAUGACUUUGUGACGAAGCAGGUGUUCGACAUCACCAUCAUGAUCCUCAUCUGCCUCAACAUGGUCACCAUGAUGGUGGAAACAGACGAGCAGAGCCAGCUGAAGGUGGACAUCUUGUACACCAUCAACAUGGUGUUCAUUAUCAUCUUCACCGGGGAGUGCGUGCUCAAGAUGUUCGCCUUGCGCCAGUACUACUUCACCGUGGGCUGGAACAUCUUCGACUUUGUGGUUGUCAUCCUGUCCAUCGUGGGCCUGGCGCUCUCUGACCUGAUCCAGAAAUACUUUGUGUCACCCACAUUGUUUCGCGUGAUCCGCCUGGCGCGGAUCGGACGUGUCCUGCGGCUGAUCCGUGGGGCCAAGGGCAUCCGGACACUGCUCUUUGCCCUUAUGAUGUCGCUGCCUGCCCUCUUCAAUAUUGGCCUCCUCCUCUUCCUGGUCAUGUUUAUCUACUCCAUCUUCGGCAUGUCUAACUUUGCCUACGUCAAGAAGGAGUCGGGCAUCGAUGACAUGUUCAACUUUGAGACCUUCGGCAAUAGCAUCAUCUGCCUCUUUGAGAUCACCACAUCAGCUGGUUGGGACGGGCUUCUGAACCCCAUCCUCAACAGCGGACCCCCAGACUGCGACCCCACACUGGAGAACCCAGGCACCAGUGUCAGGGGUGACUGUGGUAACCCGUCCAUUGGUAUCUGCUUCUUCUGCAGUUACAUCAUCAUCUCCUUCCUCAUCGUGGUCAACAUGUACAUCGCCAUCAUCCUGGAGAACUUCAACGUGGCCACCGAGGAGAGCAGUGAGCCCCUCGGUGAGGAUGACUUUGAGAUGUUCUACGAGACGUGGGAGAAGUUCGACCCCGACGCUACCCAGUUCAUUGAAUACAGCCGCCUCUCUGACUUCGUGGACACCCUGCAGGAGCCGCUAAGGAUUGCCAAGCCUAACAAGAUCAAGCUGAUCACGCUGGACCUGCCCAUGGUGCCCGGAGACAAGAUCCACUGCCUGGACAUCCUCUUUGCGCUGACCAAAGAGGUGCUGGGCGACUCUGGGGAAAUGGACUCCCUCAAGCAGACCAUGGAGGAGAAGUUCAUGGCGGCCAACCCUUCCAAGGUCUCCUACGAGCCCAUCACCACCACCCUCAAGAGGAAGCAGGAGGAAGUAUGCGUCAUCAAGAUCCAGAGGGCUUACCGCCGACACCUGCUGCAGCGCUCCGUGAAGCAGGCAUCCUACAUGUACCGCCACAGCCAGGAUGGCAGUGGGGAUGGGGCCCCCGAGAAGGAGGGACUGAUCGCCAGUGCCAUGAACAAGAUGUAUGGCCCAGAGAAUGGGAACAGCAGCAUACAGAGCCAGGGGGAGGAGGAGGGCUCCACGGGAGACAUGGGACCUGCCACGGAGCUCACACCCGUCAAUCCUUUAGACGCUGCCCUGCCUCCCUCCCCACCACCCGGGCAGUUAGUGCGCCCAGGGGUCAAAGAGUCUCUUGUCUAGCGGGGAGCAUAAAAGUGGCCAACUGAGCCUUGACACAGGCCUGAAGCUUCCCUGAGGGGCUCCCACUCAAAGUGAGAGAGAAGGGCUUUGAGUUUGGGGCUGUGUCCUGGGCUGAUGCCCGAGCCCAGGAAAAUGGCAUUUGCACUCAGGGCUCAGGCCUCCUGAGGCCCCUGCCUCAUCUUACCUCCUUUUGUGCCCUCCCAUCCCUCCUCUUGACCUGGGGGAGAUCAGAACAUCCAAAUGUCUGCCCCCUCUGCUUGGGGAGGAGCCAGCUUACAAUGGAGGGAUUUGGCUGCCUGCUGUCACCAGAGUCUUAAGAGUUACUGGCCUCUCCCCAGGGAGUGGCUCAGGCCUCCCAGCUCCAGCCAGGACAAAGCCAAGUCUUAACCUCAAAACUGGGGACACCUAACCCCAGCCCUGUCCUCUAAUUCUGGGUAAGAGCUUCCCUCUGCCAGCUCAGAAAUUCCCUGGAAAAGGGAAACACUACUGGUCCAGAAAUUGCUCCAUGAACAAUUGGCCACUGGAUCCUGAUACAUUGGGCUGGGAUUGUGACUUCUGAAACCUUUUCUCAGCCAUGUCCAGGCCCCUGGACAGCUCCCCUGGCUGGCCCUUAGGGGAAGAGCAGAAGGAAGGAUUCCACUCAGAAAUUGCUUUUUUUUUCCUAGGAAGCAUGGCUGGGUAGUACAGGCUGGGUUCCACCAGCUGUAUUGAUUUACUUGGCCUGAGCAUCUGGACCCCUCAGGGAGGGAGGGCUGGGGACCCAGAAGAUUCUGUUCCUUUCCUCUCUCCCGCUUCAUGUCUUCAUUAGACCACCAGGGCUCCUCGUAGCCCCAUCAAGCCAUAGAGGUCCCUCCCUUCUUACGUGGCACAUGUCCAUCUCUUCCUCCGUCCCCAUCCUUUCCCACCUCCUCAAAGUGACCUAAGAAUGUUACAGUCGAGCCCAUGUGAGAGGUGUCAACACUGGAACAGGCAGCAGAGAAGGCUCAGCUGGCUUGGGCUCAACUUUCCAGCCUGGAAAGCCACUUCCACUGGCACUGCUCAUCUGGACAUGGCUACUACACCAGGCUCUUCUAGCUCCCAGAGGACAGAGGCCAGGCUUGAAGGAGGGAAUGAGAGUUCUGCUCAGGGGUCUCUGGAUUCAGUCAUUUGUCUGUGUACCUGUGUGGCUGUGCAUCUGUUUAUAGGCCUGAUGGAUAGUGAGUGUGUGUGUGUGUGUGUGUGUGUGUACCACUGUGUAGAAGUGCCUGUAGGUGCAUAUCUUUGUAUCUUCCUGUCUAUAUGUGUCAGUGUGCCCUGAAGAGUCUGUGGUCUGUGUGUGUGCAGCUGGUGUGUGUGUGUGUGUGUGUGUGUGUGUGUCUUUAGUGUAGGCCUGUCCAUAUGAAUGUGUUGUGAAGGUGUGAGUGUGAACACGUGUGGUAAGUUUUGCACACCGAGUCCCCUGAUGACGUCAGUUCCUCUUCUUUUUCUUCUUGUUUCUCACAAGCCAUUUUAUUAAAACUCAGGAAGCAAACCCCAGUCCCAUAAAAAGACAAAAAAAAAAA